CGACGGAGCGUCAGAGAGAGAGAGAAGGAAGGAGAUGGCCGACUAGGAAGCGACGGUACCUUGUGUUUGUCUGCUACUUCGUUGGCGAGAUUCCUUCUAUAUAACACAUCUUCACAGCUGAAGAAGAGGAGAGGACGCUUCUACACACUCUUUCACAAUGGCAGAACCAAACAGCAACGUCAGAUAUCAGGAGCUGGUGAAUCAGGAGGAGCCAGCCCAGUCAUCCCAGGAGGGUCCUGCACAGGAUGCACCACCGCCCUACAGCAGCAUUGCUGCAGCAAAUGCAGCUUUCUUUGAAUACAAGGAAGAAGGAGGAAGAUUUCCCAACCCUCCAUCCUACAGUGUUGCCACCACUUUGCCCUCCUAUGAUGAAGCUGAGAGAAGCAAAGAAGAGGCAGCCAUCCCCCUGGUCACUGGAAGAGUCACCGAGGACGACUUCGUGGCCAGGGAUGACUUUGAAGAUGCUGACCAGCUGCGAAUAGGAAACGACGGCAUCUUCAUGCUCACUUUCUUCAUGGCAUUCCUCUUCAACUGGAUCGGCUUCUUCUUGUCAUUCUGUUUGACCACGUCAGCAGCCGGCCGAUACGGGGCCAUCUCCGGCUUCGGCUUGUCCCUCAUCAAAUGGGUUCUUAUUGUCAGGUUUUCCACCUACUUCCCUGGUUACUUCGAUGGGCAGUACUGGUUGUGGUGGGUGUUCCUGGCUCUGGGCUUCAUGCUGUUCAUCAGAGGCUUUGUCAACUACUCCAGAGUGCGUAAACUGGCUGAUCCCACCUAUGCCACUCUCCCCCGAACAAGGGUACUCUUCAUCUAUUAAAGGAUGUUGGAUGUGGAAGAACUGGACAUGACCAACACAAGCAGCAACUCUGUGAGGAGUUUCAAAUUUUAAGUGAAGACACUUAAACAUGAAUCGGCCCGACGAGCUAUAGAUGAAGACAACUCUCGGUUUAAAUAUUCAGGAAUUAUAUCACUUGUUUUAUUUUCUUUUUGAAACUUUAUUAAUGGAAAAUGGUUAACAGUAAUAGUCCCUUUACGUACUCAUUAGUGGCGAUUGUUAAGUGCUAUUUACAUCUGUCUGUAAUGUAUAAGUAAUGCCUUAUAUGAUUUUGAUGGUAGCGUACGAGCAUGCAUCUGCCCUUAAGGUCAAUAAAUAGGGAGAGUCUCAUGUUGGUGACACUUGAAGCCAACAGGUAUUAAUUAUUACAACACUGUAGACUUGCCAUAGCAUGCAACACUUUGUAAUCUGCACUAAUCUCAAUCA